AUGGUUUUGGCGGAGCUCAUAUCAAUCUCAACUUGUGGUUCUGGUUUAAUCUUCUUGCCUCACUUUAGUUUCGCCACUAUUCUUGGUUUGGGUAACCCCGGCGUGUUAAAGGCCGCAGCUGAGCAAGCCUACGAUAUCAACGCAGCUAACCAAGACGGGAGUUCUCCGCUCCGGUUCGCAGCGAACUGCGGUCAUGAGACUGCAUGCAGCUUCCUCGUUGCUCGGGGCAUUGACGUUCCCUUGCGAGGUGUCAGUGUCCUUGGGAAGGCUAUAGAAGGAGGAGAGUAUCACCUGUUAGAGGCUGCAUCCUCGCUUGGUUUUCAUGACGCCGCAGAUAUUUUCAUCAACAUGGAGAACUUUCAAUCCCAGCUUUACGAGGAUUACAACCAUGGAAAUUAUACGGGAAUCAAUUUUAGCCAUAAGAAAUGGGUCAAUUACCAUGCCGAAACCUCUCUGACAGUGGUUGAGGAGAAGUGCGAUCUGGAAGUUCUCACUUACUUGGGUGAACUAUCUGGACUUCAACCUGACCAUUUGCGGAAAUCACAACUGGCCAGCCUUUAUGCAUCUACUGGCCUACCUUUUCCUGGCAUAACUUCUCGGUUGACAACGGUCUUCAGAAUUGUUCUUCUAUCUCGAAACGCCGGGUCAGUAACACAUGUCAUCGAUCUGGUUCGCGGUGCCACAGCCCAUACAAUGGGUAGACGUCGCAGUGUCACCGCUGUACCGAUUGGGCGGGCAUGCCCAUCCUUAACAAGGGACAUCUGA